AUGAAGACUCAAGCUCUCGUCGCCAUCGCCGGCCUCCAGGCCGUCCUCGUUGCCGCCGACCCCAAAUUCUUCUCCAAAUGCAACACCAACGCGGACAAGUACUCCGUGUCCAAGACGUGCGAUCCCAAGACCGAUUUCACCCGAUGCGCCUGCGAGUUCGGCACCAGCAUGGUUGCGACCUGCCUGCCCAUCAUGUGCCCCUCCGACGUGGCCACUUCUUAUCUCGGAAAGAGCUGCCGGCCGACAGGUGACGCUGGCGGUGACUCUGAAGAACCCGAGGAGACGGCAUCUCCCGGCGGUUCCGGCACCGAGACCGACGCCCCGGCCCAGACUGGUGGCUCCGGCUCUGGCUCCGGGUCGGGCUCGGGAUCGGGUUCCGGGUCGGGCGCGGGAGCGUUGUUUGUACCUGCCAUGGCUGCUCUUGGCGGUGCUCUCGGUGGCCUUGCCAUUUUCCUGUAA